AUGCUGGAUGCUGAUCACUACUCAUCCAACCUUGGAGGCAGCUUCGAAGGAAGGAUCUACCGAAGUUACGAUCGUCACAUAGAGCGGUUCGGAUCUUACGGGUAUUAUGAGACCGCAAGCAAUCACGCAGAUGCAGCAUACUCCACCUCACAGACCUCCUACACGACCAACCAAGGAUUCUACUCAACCGUCAGCGCUCAUCUCACUUCAUCUGACCCGAAUCAAAGGACAUUUCAGUCCACCAUGUCGUCGCAACCCAACCAUCACAACAUCUUCUCCUCACAGAACGCAAACCUGAUGAGCUCGCAACGGCUGUCACCCGUGCAGCUCAGCGGGCCAUCUCUAACGUCUGCUGCAAGUUAUAGCAGGCCCGUGCGGGUGGUGCAUCAGCACGCGAUACCUGUGCUGAGUCAGCGAGUGAGCCAUGCUCCGAGCAUACAACUCCUCGAGCGACGAAGCGUGUUAGGCGUGCAGGAAGUUCCAAGGAUCUCGGUCAUGAGCCCUCCUGCAGAGAUCCGAGGGGUGCGGCGAUGGCUUGACCUGAAGGUGGGCAUCAAGUUCGGUGAGCGGGUAGACUUUGGCACGGGAAAGAUGUUUGUGUUUGUCAAGAGACUGGUGGCUGGAGGACCAGCUCACCUGUCAGGCCAGAUCCAGCUGGGCGACGUACUCGUUCAGAUUGACGGACAAGACGUCCAGGGCCUCGGCCUUGCGCACAUCAAGCACAAGAUACCAGGACCGAGGAAUUCAUGGGUGACUCUUGGGUUUCAGGGGCAGAACGGAAAACUGAGAGAAGUGACUCUGCCUCGCACGGCUUACGGGAACGAUAGCCAACAACAGAUGCCACCAGCAGCGCCUGCCCCUUCUCAGCCCUACCAACAUCAGCCAAGCAGCAACCUGAGGCCUCAGAACUUCCAGCCGAUGCCCGGCCAUGGCUACCUCGGCAACGAGCCACAACAGGCUCCCCAGCGAAAUCUGGUCUACAUGACGCAGCCUCAAGCAGUUGACGGCACCACUGCGCAUCUGCCUGGGGCGAUGCAGCUCAGACCUCUUGGGUCUGUGCCGGGAGCGUCUAGUCCGUCAGUGGAGUCGCCGCCUUGGAUCUACGAGUCCGAGCCUGUCAUGAUGCACCCCACCAUCACCGCCGGACAGAUGGGGUCAAACCAUCCUCGGCACGAAUGGAAGUACGCACAAGACAACUAUCCAGUGGUUAUCGAGAAGGACUCUGAUGACAUCUAUAGCGUUCAAGUCUGA